AUGCAGGAUAUUGCGUUUCGUGGAGAAACAGAUGAAUCCAGCAACUUCUACCAAGUGGUCCAGUUAGUCAGCCGCCAUUGUUCCCUACUGAAAUACUGGCUGAACGAGAAGAGAAUGCAUCCUUAUCAUGUCACAUAUAUGAGCAGAUGUUCUCAAAAUGAGUUUAUCAAGCUUAUCGGUGAUGCAGUCCGAGAUCGAGUUGUCAAGAAAUUAGAAGAAGCACCAGCAUUCUCAGUAAUGGCUGAUACGACGCCCGAUGUGAGCAAUAAAGAUCAAAUGUCCAUCGUUGUGAGGUACGUCGCAGAUAAUACGCCAGUGGAGCGUUUGCUUUCUCUUACAGUGCUUGAAGAUAAAUCUGGCGAUGGACAUGCAACAGAAAUCUUAAGAUGUCUCAACGAGCAUGGCAUCAAUGUGGAAAAGCUCUAUUUCCAGUCAUAUGACUUUACAGCAUGCAUGUCUGGAGAGUACAAUGGUUGUCACAAGAAGCUCAACGACAAAAUCCAAAAAGAUUUCCCAGAGAAAGAAAUUCCUUACAUCCCGUGCCAAGCUCAUCGGUUGAACACAUUUGUCGAGCGAAGUUGCAAAGCUAGUACCAUCGUGUCAUCAAUGUUUACCGUCCUACAGUUAUUAUACUCGUUCUUCUCAAGCAGCACCAAGCGGUCUGAAGCGCUUGCAAAAGCACAAGAGAUCAUCGAAGGGGCAUUAAAGCUGCGGAACCUCUCCCAAACCCGGUGGAUAGCAAGAUCGGAAUCUAUCGACAGCGUUUGGAUUUCUUUUGAAUGUGUAGUUUCUCUGCUUCAGAAAAUCGUAAACAAAGAGCUGAAAUCGGACACGAAUACGCAAGAUCAGGCCAAGGCACUUCUGAAGAAAAUGAAAAAGUAUGAUUUCAUUUUCAGCCUUGGGAUAAUGAAAUUUAUCAUGCGUCAUUGCAAGUUGCUCGCCGUUCAGCUUCAGGAAGGUUUAAACUUGCUUGAUGCUAUUAGUUUGGUCUCCACAACAACUAAAUCUCUGGAAGGGAUCCGUAAUGAAACUGAUGUAAAUAACCAAGUGAAGGCCGCUGUGGAGAUGGCAAGGCAAGUCGGAUGCGACCCAGAGCAAGAAUUCAGCAAAAAUCACCGGAAAAGAAUGCCCCCACUAAGACUGGAUGACAGGCGUGAAAACGAAGCUGAGGUGGGUUUUGCCAGUUUUUAUCGAAAGGAAAUGUUUUCUGUUCUUGAUCAGCUUAUCGCAGAUUGUAGAGAGAAUUGGAACAGGGUUUUUGCGAAUAUUAAACCAUUCUCAGUCUUGCUGCCCCCCUGGGAGGAAGUAAAUGAAACAUCGGCAGACAGCUUGUGUAUGUUGCUAGGCGGAAGCAUAACAAGCGGAAACUUAUUGGGAGAGCUGAGUAUCCUGAGAUAA